ACCGACAUUAAGAGAGGGUAUCUAGAAGAACAACACAAGAUUUUGAUUUGAUGAAGUUAUUGCUGCCUGUUGGAGAUGCGGGCCAUAUACUGCAUGAUUAAUUGUCCGCAGAUUGCUAAUCUUUCAUCAGACUUGACACAUACCGCAGUAGCCAGGAAAAAAGACCCAAAAAAUACAAGAGCAUCACAAACUCAGCUCUUGGGACCACUCGACAUCGCCAUGGCUGUCACGUUGAACAUCGUCGACCACCCAGCCCAGCCCUGGAGGUAUCUCGAAGUCACAACUCCCGAGGCCCUCCUUGAAGCGAUCAGCCCUAGAAACUGUCACGAUCGCCACCUCAUCCAAAGCUCAAUUCCCGGGCUCGAUUUCGAAGCAAGCUGCACAACGCCGUCGAGGAACGGCUUCGUCUGGGCUGCCUACCACGCGUACAGCGGCCAUCACCAUCUGACAAUCCGCCCUGAGGACAUCUGGUUCUCAAUUGUCACACAGCUAAGCUUCUACAUCAACGCCAAUGCCGAGAAGCUGCGUUCUUUCUUUGUCGAGCACGAGGGACAAAGGAAGCUCGAGGUCAAAUCGGGCGGGUCUCUGCACACUGCCGACUUUGGAUUCCUUGCUGAAUGUAUGGCGCACUUGAUCGCCCAGAACGUCAAGGAUGCCGAAUUGCGGGCUUGUGUCAUGCCUUCGUUCUCAACAACUACCGACACGGAUCGCGUCGUCGCCUCGGUGCUCUUCAUGGGCGCGGUGCAAAAGUACUUUACGUACCAGAUGACCUUGGAGUGCGGUAUCCCAUCUGUGACGCUGCUUGGAGAGGUCGCCGAUUAUGAGGAUAUUCUGGCACGCUUGGACAAACUGGAGCAAUUGGGCGAUGAAUCAACCUACUUUGCCAAGAUGCUGAGGCCUAUCCUGCGCCACAUGAUUCUUUCAUUCAGGGAGCCUACCAACCCAGAGGUCAUCAGUUUUUGGAACAGAAUUGCCACCAGGGACGAGAGAAUGAGCGGCCAAGACUACCUGUCUGGAUGGAUCACUGCGUUUUGCUACUGGAGCGCUGAAGGACAAGCUCAGUACCCUAAAUUUGGCCACUAUCUCGAAGGUUGUGUCCUUGAUGGUGUUGUUUAUGCCAAAGUUGACACUGAGGAUGUGCCUAGCGGCUUCGCUACGGUGCCUGUCACGGUUGACGACAACGGCACGAUGCAUGAGUGCAACAUGCUCGCGGGGUUCUUCGGCAUACAAGGUCUUCCUCAAGAUGUACCGGGCGAGGCUUUAGGCCAAAAGUCCACUGAGCACAGCCAAACAGCUCUGACACGGAUCAGGCCUCUGACAGGAUGGAUAAUGUACGAGAAUAAACCUAGCUCUUCAAACGCGUUACCGAGUCAGACGUGGCGUUCUCUUUAUUCUACCCUAGCCUUUUGGAGAAAACAUAAUAAUAAUAUUUGA